GUCGCCGCAAUUAGCUUCUAGCAGUAGUUGUGUGGGAGAAAGGCCAGUCAAAAUGCAAACGUCCUUAAAGAACAUCGCUUUGUUUUCAUCUCUGCAGGUUUUCUUGUCUUUGACGUAUUUUCAAGAGGUUGUCGAAGCAGCCAGUGGGAAAGGGUUUGGAGAUAACAUCCACUGGAGGACACUGGAUGAUGGCAAGAAGGAAGCAGAGGCCAGCGGGCUGCCGAUCAUGCUCAUCAUCCACAAGAGCUGGUGUGGAGCCUGCAAAGCACUGAAGCCCAAGUUUGCCGAGUCCAAGGAAAUCUCUGAACUUGCACACAACUUCGUCAUGAUCAACCUGGAGGACGAGGAGGAGCCAAAGGAUGAAGCCUUCAGCCCCGAUGGUGGAUACAUUCCUCGGAUUCUUUUCCUCGAUCCCAGCGGCAAAGUCCAUCCUGAAAUCACGAACAAGAAUGGAAAUCCAAACUACAAGUACUUCUACAGCAACGCCGAACAAGUCGUGUCCAGUAUGAAGGAGGCGCAGGAGAAGCUGACGGGCGACGCCUUCAAGCAGGGUCACACCGGAGACGAGCUGUGAGGCGGCGGAGACGGGCGUCAGGCUGUAAGGGCUACACCUCCUCUACCUGAGCCCGUGCUGCAGAGCGCCCCCCCCCCCCCCCCCCCCCCCCGUCACCUCCCCGAACAACCCCGCUCACUAUUUCUACUCACACUUUAGACAGCGGGGCUCCAUCUCACCGACCAGACCAAGCCAACCAUUAAAAAGGUGCUUGAGUAUUUUCUUCUCGUCCUCCAACACGACGGCUCAUCUUCCUGUCAUUGUUUUAAACCGUGUACAUUUGUAAUCUGUUAAUUAAAUGCCAUAAACUGUACGUACUGUCUGUAGAGGAUAUUACCAACUCAAGCUAGUCAAGUUAACUCAUCACCUCUCACUCUCGCUGUUCUUGGAUGGAAACUUCACAUCUGGAAUUUGCCAAGUUUCUCAGCUAACUUGCCUCAUUUGGUUUGUCAGGACACGACCGUGAAAGCUACAGUCACGCUGCACACGACCGAAAUUCAUUUUAACCAGCAGAGUUAUGUUUUCCCCCCAGCAGCAAUGACACAGUUCUUCAUAUUAGUCAAGAUAGAUCAUUUUAACACCUUCUGUAACGUGCUUCCAAAGAUCCUCUACAGUAUGUUCAUUAUAUCUGUGACAAUAUUCACCAUGCGCUACAACUUCUGAUUUUUAUUGUCCAGUCUUCAUUAUAUUAUUCAUUUAAUCCUGCCAAUUUAUGUAAACUUACUGUAAUCGCUAUAUCUACAUGUAUGUUUUUUCCUGUUCUGAGUUUGUUUUGCUGCUUGUGAAGUGACACCACACGUUUGUUUUUGUUUUUUUUUCCCCCAAACCAGCCUUGUGAGACUAAAUGAGGGAUGAAAUCGUUGGUUAAGUGUCUUGAUGUAUUUUAUACACGUACACGGCCAAGUGUGCAAAUACAGUUUUGUCGUACUGA